AGAAGUACCGUACAUACAUACACCAACGAGCGAUCGUCGCGCAAAAUGGCCACGGUUUUCUACAACCAUCAAGCGUACUUCUGGCUGUCACCGAUCCCACACUUUUUCAGCAAGGAAUGAACGUUACAUCGCACAGGUGAUUCGAUGAACGUUAUGUCACAGAUUUUUACCUCAGGGUGAUUCGAAGAUGUCUAGUGGCAGUGAACAUUCUCCAAAACCUUCUAAGAAGAGGCGAGUUGUAAUCUCAGAUAGCGACAGUAGUGAUGGUUCUAUUAUAAGAGCGCAUAGAAGGAGAAGAGUCUAUAGGGUUACAAGUGAUGUUGACAGCAGUGACGAGGAGAGUGAUGUACAGAAGCCAGUGAGCAAAAGGAAAAAUUAUAGACUCGUUAGCGAAGAUGAUACAACUUAUGAAAGCAGCGAUACGGAUGCUGAAUGGCAAGAUGAGCCAGUAGUUAGUACCUCAGAAGACAUUCAUUCUAUAUGUUUGGUUUUUCAUUCCAUCAUUGAUUUUUAUUCUUCCAUGUACCAUUCUGAAUUACCAGGUGAAAGCAACAGUGAUAGUUCAGAUUCACAGUCCGAAUGGCGGAGUAUGGAUGAAGAUGUGGUAGAUGAGGAUGGCAACAGGGCAGCUAGCGAUCAUAAAUCUAGAGUCUUGUCCAAAAAACAAAAAAAAUCCGAGAGCAAAGAGAAUGAAGAAGAAGAGCAACCAGCUAUGGAGACUGAUAGCGACAGUAGUGAUGCACAGGCUGAAAAGUGUCCAAUAUGCCUGUUGUCCUUCAGGAAGCAGAAAGUUGCUACUCCAGAUACUUGCGACCACUCUUUUUGUCUUGACUGCCUUGUCGAGUGGAGUAAAAAUAUCAACACAUGUCCGGUAGACCGAAAAACUUUCACCAUGAUUUUGGCAAGGAACAAGCUCGGCGGCAAGGUUACCAAGCAGUUUCCAGUCACUAUUAGACCGUCAAUCGAGGACCAGAUCCAGGAAGACCCAACAUACUGUGAGGUUUGUGCUCAGUGCGACAGGGAAGAUCGAAUGCUUCUCUGUGACGGAUGUGAUUUAGGGUAUCAUCUAGAAUGUCUUACCCCACCCAUUACUGAAGUUCCUAUGGAUGAAUGGUUUUGCCCUGAAUGCGCACAAAACAGCCAAAAUGACGCCGAAAUGGUGGAAAUCGACUUGGACGAACUGCCAGACCUAAUGGAGGAGGCCCGAAGACUGGGCGAGUCGUAUGGUAGGACACGAACGGGUCGUACUCGUGAAUCAGUGACAAAUUAUCCCCGUGUGAUAGCUCGAACACGUCAGACAGAACGAGUUCGGGCGAAUAUUCGGGCGGAUCGAGACCGUACUCGUAAUAUCGAUCGGUCAGAUCUCCGAGAACAUCGUUUGGCUCCAAGUUACUUUGAUCCAGAUCAGCCGUCGACCUCAACAUCGGGAAUUGACUCUCUAGGUGAAAACAGUCGCAGUUGGUCCCGAGACAGUGUGACUUUUAACGGCAUUGUGGAAGCUGUGGCAGCCACUGUCGGUAGUACAAGACGCAGAAGAGCCGCUGUUCCUGCAGCGCAAUCUAGAGCUAGGAAACGAAAGUCAAAGAAACGAAGGGCUGUUCGUCAGAGUGGCUCAGGGACCACUGUUGUACGCAAGGUUACGAUAACUGAGAUCAACGAUGACGGGGAACCGGAAGAAUUUACCACCUAUGUUAAAGUGAUGGACCGGUCAGCAGCCGGAAAAAGAACCGGAAAGAGAAAGUACAGGAAGAAGAAAUCCAAGAAUCCGCGAAAGAAACGAAGUAGACCUCGACGAGCUCGGACAGUGCAUUCUCUGGCAAAUAAGGUUCAGACUGUGAAAAAGCGACUGGCCCUUGCCCUCGGAUUAAAGAAACAGAGUCAUAAAGAUCCAUUGCUUAUUCCUACCGUCAAAGUUCGACAAACUAUUUCGGACAGAUCACAACUAACUAGCACGAGGCAUAACGCCGGGAUUUCCCAAGUCAGCCUCUUUGGAAAUUCACACGAUCUCAACUACAGUCCAGCCGGGUCGGACGAAGAAUCUGACAGUUGUACAGUUGGCAAUGGAUUGCUGGUCAGUAGUCGUCCCCGAAACGCGAUAUCGUCUACACGACGUCACGCAGCAUUGAAAAUGAUCAGAGAUCCUUUGGCCCGUGAAGAACCUGCACUAGAUAUCAUCGGCAGCAUAUUAAAUAGCCAGGAAUUUUGGCAUUCCAAAAAAAGUGACAUCACUCUCAAGGCAGAUGGCACAUUCUUAGUGAAGAACAACAACAACAACCAAAGGGAGAACGAUAGACACAGCAUAAACAACAAUAAUUCACCAAUAAAAAAAAAAAACUCAACCAAUGAUGAGGAAAGUAUGAUAGCGACUAAGGAAACUCCGCUGGAUUUGUCCAAUGUAGGUCAGAACGAUAUUGUGCAAAAUCCAAUGUACAACGGGCCCAGAGGCAGUGGAAAUCGAGGGAACUUUAGAGGUGGAGGAGGUUACAACUGUGAGAAUAAUAGGCACAGUUACGGUGGACAAGGAUACGGCGGGGGCAGAGAUUCCUAUGGUGGCGGAGGCGGUGGUGGCAGACAUAGCUAUGAUGGACCAGGUGGUCCCAGGGACAAUUACAAUAGUGGUCGUGACUUUGGACCUCCAAUAAAUUACAAUCAGGGAUUCGAGGGACGAGUUUCUCAAGGAUUCCCUGGAAAUCCACCUUUUCGGAAUCGUAAUCCGCAACAAAAUUUUCGUAAUGAAAGACCAAGAUUUCCACCUCCGCCGGAUCGUAACGAACAGCAACAGCAACAACGACAGCAUCAACAGCACCUGCACCAGCAGCAGCAAGUUCCCCCUUUUUGUCAUCGUGAUAACAAUAGCGAGAGACCACCACCACCUGCCUUUUCACACGCAAAUACCUUCCAGAGAUUCAGAGCUCACCAUCCACCCUUGGUACCCGGACCAAUUUCAGGUAUUCCUAGGGGACCUGGGAUCAGGCACGGUCCGAUACAUAACACUUUGAGAAUGGGUAGAGACUUGAUGCCUGGCUUCCACUUGCACGAGGACGUUAGAGAACAGCCUGCAUUCCAAAACGCUGGUGUCAGCAAUUCAGCCACCGCUCCAGUGUUUGGACCAAGAAAUCAAGCAGAUGAUGACGAGUGCGAUCUGUAUUCUGAUAUCGAGGCUCCUGUUAGUAAAGUCGGCUGUGCCAAUGACUCACCAGUUGUUGACGAUGGAAGUAACAACAUAGGUGGCGGUGGCGUACUGUUACCUCCUCCGCCAGAACCACCUUCAGGUCUGUUAGACUUUGAGGAAUCUAAGAGUGAUAGGGAUUGCAACGAUAGCGAUCAAGAACUGGUCAUAGAUGAUACUCCAAGAGAAGAUAACAGGGAGCGGAGAAACGACGACAAAUAUGAUCCAUUUGCUGAUGAUAGCGACAGCAACGACAGUUCGAAACAAGGAAAGCAUAGCCAUGUCAAAGAUGGCGACAAGGAGACGCAGGGUUCAAGUAAUCAGGUUCACCGAAUUACUCAUCCCGUCACACCGUACGGACAAAAUUUUCAUCAUGAACUUGGCGUUGAUAAACCUGCGCCCCGUUUGACCGCUUAUGACGAUGACGAGGAUGAGGACUCGCAGGCAGACUGUCCAAACUUUUCCAUUUACUCUUCUCAGUCUAUGGACGUAGCGAGGAACAGUGAGCAGGAGCUUUCGCAACAAAUUGGGCCCCUUGAACCACCACCUUUACCCCCAGAUAUACCAGAUGAUGAUGAUAUUAUUGUAGGCGAUGUGCAGGCCUGUGAUCUGUCAGACAUACCAGAACCCUCCGACCCGUACGUUGAAUCCCUGCAGAAGGAGAGGCGGCAGCUCAGUAAAAUACCACCAAAGAAAAUAUCGAAUGACAGCAGGGGUAAGAUCACUUUCAAAAUUGGGAAUAAAUUGAGAUUAAGCAAUAAACUCAGCAAUCUUUACGAUGAGAUGGACGAAGACAUCGAGAACUCCAUACAACAGGAGAAGGAGUCGGAAGAAAAAAAACAUAAUCAAUAUUCGAAUGUUGUUGGAAAACCUGUCCCCAAAGAUACAGCACAAUCUACAGAGAUAUCUGCCGAUCUACAGAUUCGAAAAACUGGUGGUAACAACGAGAAAGAAGAAGACAAGAAAAACAAUAAGGAGGGGGGCAAAGCAUCAGAAUCCGAGGCAGUAGAUAAGUCUGAUGACGAUGACGAAGAAAAAUUAGAAGAACUCGAAAAGAAACUUAAAGAAAAAGAGCAGAAGUUGAGGGAAAUGGAACAACAGGAGGAAAUAGAGAAGAAGAAUGCUGAGGAAUCAACCUAUGAAGAAGUUCAUAGGGAAAUCGUUAAAAAAAAAGAGGAGAAAGCCAAAGGAGAACGUGUAGACUGUGAUGAAGAUGACGAUGACAUUAGGAAGACAGGUGAAUCUCACCCAACAGUUGGGGCACAAGUCACCGCACAACAACAAAGCCUGACUAUGUCAACAAUUGAUCUGACUGAGAAAAGUUCAGAUACGAUAAUCUCUAUAGCUGACACAAUUCAUUCUUCGCCAAAGAAUGCCACUUUUGAUGAUCCGGAAAUAAUUUCUGAGGAAAAUCUUGAUAGCUCCCCUGGUAAUAAAGUGACGAACCUGCAAGGAGAGCGGGAUAAACCAGUUUCCCUUAGUCCAGGAUGGAAUAAUGUAGAAAAUGGCCAAGAAGCUGUUUCAAACGUCAGUCGAGAGCUUGUCAAAAAUACUCAGGCUCUCUAUGAUCAAAUAGACCAAGACUUUAUAUCGGGGCAUAUUAAAGAGGUCGAAGAAGAAGAUGAAGAAGAAGAAGAAGAAGAAGAAGAAGAAGAAGACGAAGAAGAAGAAGAAGAAGCAGGAGCCAGAGUAGGAGUGAAAGAUGAAGAAGUUGAUGAUGGCGAUGUGCAGGAGAGAGAAGAUGAACAGGAGAUUUUCAGAGGGCAAGAAGAUGAAGACGAGGAUGACGAAGAUUACCAAAAAAAUUCAAAGAAAUCAAGGAAAAGGACUGAUAAGGUGGUACAGGAUGACUCUAGACUCCAUGGAAGUGAAGAGAACCUAGAAAAGGCUUUGGGAACCAGCGGGAUGAUCGAUUUUCUCAAUGAAGGCGAAAACUUUCCAUUGGAAAAAGAUACGACUGAUGUAUUCGAGACAACAGGUAAUGAUAGUUUACCGGCAACAAAUUGGGAAUCCGAUGGAGCUUACACUCCAUGCAAAGAUGAGUUGCCCGUUAAAGUAGGAAAAGAUGUGGGCAGAGGCUCUUUAUCACCUUUUGAGAGUGGGCUUGAGCCGAUAACUCCAACUAAGGAUAGGUCUAACGAUGAUUUAGAUGGGUGCAGAACUCCAGCAGGAUAUGCAGGUCUUGGUACAGAGGCUAUUUCUGAAACCGAAGAACCUAUGAGCUGCGAGGAUGAGGGAAUGCAACCGAACCUCAGAAGAGAAAAGGAAAUAGAGGAUGGGGAGAUCAUGGAUGAUGCGAGGCUAAGUGGAAAAGUGAGCGAUAAACCAUCAAAGGAAAAAGAGGAAGAGAAUAAAAGAAAGAAAAAAAAAGAGAAAAAGGAAAAGGGCAAAGAGUCUGACAAGAAUAAAGAGAAUAUCUCUUCUGAGAAUCAGGUUGCAUGGAAGAAAAUAUCAAAAAGCACCAAAGAGAGACAGUACCGCGAUAAAGAUAGGAGGUCCAAAUCCAAGGAUAAAGAAAAAGACAAGGACAAGGAGAGCCCAAAGGAUAAAGAGCGUGACAGGGAUAAAGAUAGGGACAAGGACAAGACUAACAAAGAUAGUAAAGACAAGGAUAGAUCUAAAAAAAAGGGAAGGGAAGUAACGAGAAAGAAGGAAAAGCGCAAGGAACUCGAAAGAUACGACGUCAGAAAAAUUGUAGCAGACAAACCUGUGCAUCCAAGGAAGGACGAAUAUGGUAGGGAUGUUAGAAAUGGAUCCAGAAGUAGAUCUAGAAGCAGAACUCCCUCGAGACGAAGAAGUUUGUCGCGCGAUCGCAGAAGUCAAUCAUACUCCAGAAAUAGAUCUAGAAGCAGGUCUAAGUCCCGACCUCGGAGGUCGUGGUCCAGAGACCGACGGUCCUAUUCUAAAGGCGGAAGAUCCUUGUCACGUGGUAGAAGAUCCCUGUCUCGGUCAAGGCGCAAGAUUUCACGAAAGAGAUCGGCGUCGCGAAAAAGAUCUAUCUCCCGUAAAAGAUCAAUCUCUCGUAAAAGGUCAAUAUCGAGAAAACGAUCGCUGUCGAAACGAAGAUCAUGGUCUCAGUCGAGAAAACGCCGUUCGCCGAUGUCACCUAGACGAAGAUCCAGAGGUAGGUCUUUGUCUAAAAAUCGUCGAUCAAGUAGCAGAUCUCGGGAAAAGAAAAGAGAAAAGCUAAAGAAACACAAAUCCCGGAGCCGUUCAAAGGAUCGUAAAAGAUCUCGAUCGAAAACUCCCAAACGGAUAUCCUCACGGUCCAGAGACAAGAAACAUGCAAAACGAAAACACAAUUCCAGAUCCAGAGAAAGAUCAAAAUCGAGGGAACCGAGGGAUCGCAACAAAACAAAUUGGGUGCCGAUUACUGAGAAAGGAGCCGUCGAUCGAGAGAGACUUGCAUCGUCGCGGGAGAGAAGGUCCUGGAGUGCGCAGUGGACGCCUUCUUGGUCUAGGUCUCGUUCCAGGACUCCCACUUCGGUGAGACAUGAGGAGGUUGCGUCCCGGGGCAGCUGGUCACCUAUACCGGUGUUGGACAAUGUGGCAGUUCCUCCCAAGAAUCUGACCGUCAUAUUAACAAAUAAGGAAGCAAUAAAGAAGAAGAAAAAAGAGAAAAAAAGAGAGCCUAAGAAAGGGGCUAAGGACAUAGAAAAACGAAAGAGAAAUAAAAGAAACCGAACUCCACCGCCGUCUAAAGAGGUAUUCGCAAGCGGUGAUAAUAUUCUGGUAAGCGUUUGCUUCAACAAAGAAAAUGAGACCAAUCCUAUUGAGAUGGCCAACGUACCUGAAGCAACUCCUCUUGUCACACCUACAGCUAAACGCAGGAGACGUGAGACCGUCCAAAGUGAGCCUACAAUAAAAAGGUCUAAAAAGGAAAAGCUCAAGGAAAAGAGGGCUCCAAAAUCUCCAAAGAACAAAAAGGAGCGUAAGAAAAAAUCGAAGGCAGCAGAAAUUGCGGCAACUAAAAAACCUGUCGCUGUUAUUGACCUUGAUCAAUCGCCGUUCAGGGAACAAACACCAUCGCCGCACGAUGUCAUCGUCUUAAGCGAUGACGAGGACAAACAAGUACAGGAAAUGGCAACCCCAGAACAGCACGCUUCCCCCAGGCCCACCCCCCAACACGAGCAAUUUGUCUCUCAGGGCCCAAAAACGCCGCCUGAACCGCAAAUCAAGUUUUCAAUAAACAAACAACAGAGCAAUCUCAGGACGUCGAUGAUAAACCCCCUUCAUGAGGAGGAAGAGGAAGAGGAAGAGGAGCGGGAAGGUGGGGAGGACGAAGAGGAAGAAGAAGAAGAAGAAGAAGUCGACGAAAGAGUUGACGAAGAACUAGAAAUGCGAGCUCAGGAAGAACUUGAGCUCAGACUUAAAAUCGGACCAAAUACACCACCUGAACCCCCUACAUCGCCACCUACUUCUCCGGAUGCUUACGAUCCAUUUGAUCCCACAAAGUCCAGAUCCCCGACUCCCGCUGCAAGCCAAGAAGCCACACCCGUUGACGAUAGAGACAGAAAUCAUCAUCAGUGCAAUUCGCCGAGAAAUCCACACGAUGACAGCGAGCCACCCUCUUGCCCACCAAGUGAGCCCGACAAACAGAUGCUGCAAGAUCAACAAAUCAAUCAGGAUAUUAGCAAACAGAUCGACAAACCCAAAAUUAUAUCUAUGGUGACAAUAAAAAGAGCUUCACCUAAGCGAGACUCCCCCCCUGUCACUGAUGGGCAGACCGACACAAAUCAGUCCACCGAUACCGCAGCAAAAAAUCAACAAGGCUUACAAGUACAACAUCAACAAAAUAAUCCAACAAACUUUACCAACGUCAAUCCCGUAUUGGCUACCGUUACUGCCGCGGUUCAACGAAGCACCAUGUUCAACGCUGGCGCACCGUCCGGUGGUCAAAGAAAUUUGACUCAGCCAAAUCGAAUAUCGCCAAUAAAUCAAAGUAAACAGCGAUCAACCAACGAUAGACCACAGUUGACACCUAUAUUUGCCAAUCCAACAAAACUAACACCUGCAAUGCGGGGUGUCAAAUCCACGUCAUCGUCGUCACAGAAUAAAAAUACCUCUGCUAUGGGACAAAACGGAAGUGAUGCGACACUUGAGUCUGCAAACGAUACCCUCGAUAUGUCUUCGCCUUACUCUCCGGGGUCCAGCCUAAGCGAUGGGAUCUUUGACCCUCCGAGCCCUGGAGGACACAGUCCUCAACAACUACUGCCACCACCAACUAAUACAAACAAGAAUACCCCCUCAAAAACUAGCAGCGCAAAGACAGUUGAUAAAAAGGACGCAUUCGAUACGCUUUUCGGGUCAUCACCUGCAGUUAAGAACCUAGGGAAGGCAAGGGCGAGGAAAGUUCCGGAGAAAGAUAAAAAAAAGAAAUCUACAAAUCCGAAAGUCGGGGUGCGAAUGGACGAAAACCAACUUCAAAUAUUGGACGAUCUUCCGAGUUCAGCCGUUGAAAUGCAGGUCAAAGACAAGUUUCUAAAGAAAUUAAACAGGCAGGAGAGAGUCGUGGAAGAGGUGAAACUUGUAUUGAAGCCACAUUACACCAAAAAACACGUUACUAAAGACGAAUAUAAAGAUAUUAUGAGAAAGGCUGUACCCAAGAUCUGCCAUAAUAAAACGGGGGAGAUAAAUCCGAAAAAGAUUGGGCAGCUAGUUGAAGCUUAUGUUAAAAAAUGCCGAAUCAACAAGAAAAAGGGAUCAGGAGGCCCGUCGAAUACAACAAAGGCAACUAAACCCGCAAAAAAUCUUUGGAGUUGAUCAUAAGCCAAACAUGGUCUAGUAUUAAAUAUGUCCUCGUCAAUGUUGGAGAAGUCCGUCAAUAUUAUUUGGUGGUAAGUGAGAGUGAAUAGAAAAGUACUGCUCCGUGCAAACUUAUAAUAAUAUUCGGCAUUCUAUAUGAUGGAUGCUAAUUAAAGAAACACCGAACAAUGUGUAUUGUGUGUAUGUACAUACUUAUUAUUAUUAUUUUAUUAUUAAUAUUAAUAUUAUUAUGAUUAUUAUUAUUACUUAUGACUACUAUGAUAUUCGUAAAACUGAAAUUUCCUGCGCAAUAUUUUUAUUUAUGAAUGAAUUUGAAAUAGUUUACAUGAUUUGAUUUCGUCGUAGGGCUAUAAUAGAAGAAAAAUUCAAUCAUUCUGUAUUGAUUGAUUGAUUAAUCGAGUUAGGUCAUUAUCAAUGGAUUUUUCGAUUACUGGAAAUGAUAAUUUCCUUACCCUUCGUUUUAUCUCAAUUCCAAUUCUGAAUACUAUCAAUUAUUGUUAUUUUCCAUUUCCUACAAAUAAUUAUAAAUACCACCGCAGGUUUACUACUACGAUCACAUUAUGUAAUAUGUAAAACUUAUUGUAAUUAGACAAUGGCGCUGCACGAUUAUUACUGUCAUUAUUAUCAUCGAUUAUUGAAGUAAACUUUCAUAUGCCAACACAGAUCAUUCGACAGAUAA